AUGCUUGCCCGUACUUUUGACGAAGAUGAGAUACCCGAUGAUGUCCCCGACCGUUCAUGCUAUCGCGAUAGGAACAAAGCGAUGCACUACUCAAUCUUCUGCCACUGCUGCAGUGCAACUGUUCCGAGCGCCAGAAGGUUCAAGAGUGACACCCGUGCUCCUAUCAAUCUAUGCGAUACGUGCUAUCCUCUUCAUAAGGACAACGUCCUGGCUCUUGCCUAUAAGUGCUCGAGAGUAUGGGAACCUGGGCGCAUGGCAGUGGCAGGCGACGACAGGCCGCUCCUAGCUGUCCACGAUGGAGUUACUUGCACUGAGUGUGAAAUGUCCCCGAUCACUGGCGCCAGGUACACCUGCCUCAUCUGCUCGGACUUGGACCUUUGCUCCCGAUGCUACCAUAGUCGAGCUCAAGGCGGCCAUAAGGAGGGACAUGCUUUUGCAAUGGUUGCUAGGAUGGUCACUCUGUGGUCGCUGAAGAUGAGAGAGCCUCGAGGGACCCCCAUUGGAGAUAUGAAGUGUAGGAUGUGUGGUAACCAUCCUCGAGGUGGAGCCAAGUAUAGGAUGAAGACUGAUCCGCCCGACAGUCGCAAUGCUUUCUAUUGUCAAUCUUGUUACCAGAAAAUGCUGCACAAGGAGGCGGUGCAGCUACGGGCGCCCUUGGCCAGCAGCAGCAUGAGUCACAGCUCUUUACCGUGGGCUCAGUCGGCCAGGACCAGGAGUCGGACUCUACGUGUCGCCCUUAAAAGUUCGCUCGCCUCGCGACUCAACACUCAGCCGCCCGUGAUACAGUUCAUCAGAAGGCUGGCCCGUCAAGCAGGGCGUUUUGAUAUUAUUGAUGACGAUGAUGAUUCUGACUCUUUGGAGUGGGUCGUUGAACCGCCAAAGGAGUUCAAGGCUGACCACAAGUUCUACGAUGGGCCUGGGAGAUGAGCGAUUAUGCGUUGUCGUCUUGGGGAAAAAGAGCAAGCGAACGAGUGAUUUAUCUCAGCCGUCGGUGACUAAUCGAUUUUUGAAUUUCAUUAUCC